UAUUGCGUGGAGGUCUACAACGAUUCCCCGCAGUCGUUGCCUGAGGUUGUGCCUUUAUGCGAGGCACCGCUCGGGAGGCAACUGGAGGCGUGCGUUUCGAGUCUAAUCACGGGUUAGCACUGUAUCAACCUUGCAGCGGGAUUGGAGUGCAUGCUUCACGUUGACGCUCGGGAUGCUGCUCAAGGUCAUUUCGGCGCGGCCACGGAUGCUGGGGACGGAGGAGAAAACAGUCAAUACACAUGCACUGCUCCUCCAUCUGCAAGAUUGCCUGCCCCAGCAACGCAAAUUGCUCAUGCAGAGUGUAUUGCGUCAACCAUAUUCUGACGACGGCGGGGAUCUGGAUGCAGAAUUAGCGCAGCCGCGACGUCGUUCCGGGAAUGCUCAGAUCCCUCUCUCGACUUGCGAUAUUGCAUCGGUACCAGCUUCGCCGCACGCACGAUGCAGCUCCCACGCACGCCGAGACGAGGCUACUUUGACAUACAGCAGGCAAUCUCGAAGCGCCUGUUGCGACAGGGUGGCGUGUUGGUUCGCACAGCAGGCAGCUCGGCGCAAACUCGCGAACUGCGCAGAAGCAAUGUCAGCCUGGAGAGGUAUACGGGUGCGUGCUUGGAGCUGGGCCUGGAAUCCGCCACAACACCUUCAGCAUUGGCCCCUCUCCAGCGCUGCUGGUGUAACGAGAACGGGCGCGAUUGACCGAUUCCAAAGUCCCGAAAAGGAGAGCGACAGUGAAAGUUGAGGCCGAUCGUGGUGAUCGGGCGCGGAUCUGUCCGGGCACGCUAUCACUUCUCGCUGCCGCAAGC